CAAAUAGUCUGGUGGGUGGGUUGCUCUUUCUAUUUUCUAACCAGAAGAAAAAAAAAAGACAAUAACGUCAUGGUGUUGGUUCUUGUUAUAGGUGAUUUGCAUAUUCCUCAUCGUGUGCACGAUUUGCCACUCAAAUUCAAAAAGUUAUUGGUGCCCGGAAAGAUUCAGCAGAUUAUUUGCACCGGUAACAUUUGCGACAAGGAAACCUAUGACUACCUGAGAACGAUCGCAGGCGAUAUCACCGUUGUCAAAGGCGACUUUGACGAGAAUCCCAACUUUCCUCAGUCCAAAGUGGUGACGAUUGGUAAUAUUCGUGUGGGUGUAUUGCAUGGACAUCAAGUGAUUCCUUGGGGUGAUCAAGAAUCGCUCGAUAUCACGGCAAGACAAAUGGAAGUGGAUGUACUUCUUUCAGGACACACACAUCAGUUUGAAGCGUUUGAAAAUAACGGCCGAUUUUUCAUUAACCCCGGAAGUGCCACCGGCGCCUACUCUGCAUCACCCAGUGUCAGUGAGUCGAUACCCUCGUUCGUGUUAAUGGACAUUCAAGGCAGUGUGGUGGUGACUUAUGUCUAUAAACUUAUUGAGAAUGAGGUCAAGGUCGAAAAGCUCGAGUAUAAAAAGUCGGCCGAAUCCGGCAAAAUGCUGUGAUAAUGUCUAAGAUAUAAAUGUAUUAUUCUUCGUUUUGAUAAAAAAAAUACCAAUGGGUCAUCAUUUCAUUGGGGUUGUGGUA